GAUUGCUUGGGACACGGAAUCCGAAUGCAAUCUUGCUCGGCCAAAUUGCAUGAUGCUGGUCUCGGGUCGGUCGGUCAGCAAACGGCGAAGCCUGGGCAUGCUCAUAACUUUGCAAGAAGACAAGGCAGAGUGAUACAUACGACCGAUUGCUGGCUAGCUAGCAAGGAAGGAAGGAGGUUUCGCUUUGUUGCCAGCUUGUGGUCAUAAAACAGAAGUAACACAACAAAUCGAAAACAGCAAAUCAAAACACUACUUACGACCAUUUUGGCAUCUUUCUGCAGCGCAAACACCCACAAGCACUACUAAACGCAACCAGCAAAAUGGAUUCCUCUCCAGAAGACCUGUUUGAUCGUCUAACACUAGAUGAGAAGAUCUCAUUGCUUUCAGGCAAAUCGAUGUGGACUCUGACAGACAUUAAAAGAGUCGGCUUGCCUUCUAUUCGUGUCUCCGAUGGACCACAAGGCGUCCGCAAAGCGGUUACUGAACUCACUGCCAUUGAAUCCUUUCCAGCCACAUGCUUUCCUACUGCAUGUUCCUUGGCAUGUAGUUGGAAUCGGACCUUGAUAGAACAAGUUGGCAAGGCACUGGCCAAGGAAUGCCGGCAGCAAGGUGUCCAUAUUUUGUUGGGACCUGGAUUGAAUCUGAAGAGGCAUCCCUGCGGAGGGCGCAAUUUUGAGUACUUUUCCGAAGACCCAGUUGUUAGUGGGCACAUGGCUUCAGCCAUGGUCAAGGGGAUCCAGAGCAGCGGCCAUGUUGGUGCCUGUAUGAAACAUGUUUGUGUCAAUAACCAAGAAUCGUGGAGAUUCCGGGUCAAUGUCCUGGUUGAUGAACGGACUUUGCGAGAGCUGUACCUGAAGGGAUUCGAGUAUGUGAUUAAGAAUGCCAAUCCAUGGACUCUUAUGUGUGCCUACAAUCAACUAAAUGGAAUCUACUGCAGUGAAAACGACUAUUUGUUUCAGAAGGUGGUCCGAAACAAAUGGGGAUAUGACGGACAUGUUUUGACGGAUUGGGGAGCCACCAAUCGCAGAGUUGCUGGCAUUGAGGCUGGUGUGGAUUUAGAAAUGCCAGGAACAUUUGGCAUCCACAACAAACUCAUCAAGGAUGCGUUGAAAGAUGGAACACUUUCACAGGAUAGAUUUGAUGAGGCUGUCCUGAGAAAUCUUCGGCUCAUCCAUCGGGCAGUAAAUGGAAUGGAACAUGGUGACAAUACAGGAGAAAAUCAGCUGCCCUUUUCGGAAGAUGAGCUGUUCUCCCAAAACCACGAAAUGGCCUACCAGGCCGCCCUGGAUUGUGUUGUUCUUCUUCAAAAUGACGACAAUAUUCUGCCUCUCGCCUCCAAAAAGCAAUCAUCAGCUGGCACCAAGGUUACACUCAUUGGUGACUUUUGUCAGGAUCCUCGAUAUCAAGGCAUGGGGAGCUCCAAGGUGAACUCAACCAAGGUGGACACUGUGUUGGAACAAAUUUCGAAGCAUACCGAUCAGUAUGUCUUCUCUCGCGGAUACUGCAACGCCGAUGAUGAAGACGAUGAUAAUGCGAGCAGCAGCAUCUCUGGUUUCUUUGGCAAAAGCAAAAGCGAUGAAGAAAAGGAAAGCAAGGAGCGCAGGGAAAGGAUGAUUGAACAAGCAGUGAAUGAUGCUAAAGGCUCCGAGGCAGUCAUAAUAAUGGCGGGUGUGCCGGAAAUUCAUGAGUCGGAAGGGUUUGAUCGAGAGCACAUCAAUUUGCCAGCACAGCACAAUGAGCUCAUUGAUCGCAUUUGUGAAGUCAACCCAAACGUCAUUGUCGUUUUAAGCAACGGUGGGCCAGUGGCAAUGCCAUGGAAAGACAAGGUGAAAGGAAUUGUGGAAUGCUACUUGCUUGGACAAGCAGGUGCCAGGGCCCUUUUGGACAUUAUGUUUGGAGUUGCUUCGCCUAGCGGGAAGCUCACAGAAACCUUUCCAUUGAGUCUGAAAGAUGUCCCUUCCAAUCGGUACUUCCCAGGAAACUCUCACACAGUUGAGUACCGUGAAGGGCUAAACAUCGGCUACAGAUACUAUGACACCGCACAAGUGCCUGUCCUUUUUCCAUUUGGCCAUGGCCUCUCCUACACAUCAUUUGCAUAUGAGAACUGUACGUGCAAGGUCGUAGACAAGUCAACAGAAGAAGGCAGGACUCCCCUGGUCCAGGUGGAAUGUACAGUUAUCAACAAUGGAUCACAGCCAGGUGCUGAGAUUGUUCAACUUUAUGUCCAUCACAACAAUCAAUCCACAGAAAAUCGGGUAUAUCAUCCCGAGCAACAGCUUCAGGAUUUUGCCAAGACAAAGGUUCUUGGGCCGGGUGAAGCUGAGAAGGUGGUUUUCCUCUUGACAUCUGAUGCUUUUUCUUUCUUCGACACUGGGGCAUCUGAAUUUGUCAUGGAAGAUGGAGCAGCCUACGAGGUUCGAAUUGCAUCAUCAAGUCGAGACAUCCGUUGGACAGGCACAGUCGCAAGUGGAGACAUUGCACGUUCCCACAGGGCCACGACAAGUAUUAGCAAGCCUUCAAGCGAUGCAGCAUUGUGCCAUCCUCCUCUAAAGGAUGGGAAAUCUCUACCAAGUCCUUUGGUUGUCAGUGAUUCCACAUUUCAUGAUAUGCUUGAUAAGCAUCCGUUUGACUUGAUGCACUUGUCGUCUAAAUCACUCCUGCAGCAGCAUGUGCCAGGCCGUGGCGCGCCACAGCCUCUGCAGGUUGGGUCGGUCCCUGGCCUUCUCACGCAAGUUGCGGAUCCCAAUGCACGAGUGCUUCCUCACCACAUUGAUGUAAUUCAUCGAAAUUCGUUCCUUUCAGAGAUUGAAAGGAAUGGAUGUUUUGGGAAACUCUUUGCUACCAUUAUCAUGAAUGCAAUGGAAAAAGAAAUGGAAGACCCAAAUGAUGUAAAGCAAAAGAAGAUGAUCCGAGAAGUCGCAAGGAACCUUCCACUUCGUUGUCUCGCAACCUUUAGCAGAGGAAGCAUGUCCUUUGACUUGCUUGAUUCCUUGAUAGCAUUCUUCAACGGCCACUAUGGCAGUUCCAUGUCUCAUUUCUCUGCCGGCACACAAAAGGCGGCCACAGGAGUUUUCAUCAGGCGGUAGCCAGCAAAACAAACCCUAUUUUAAAACAUAGAUCUGCAUUAUUUCUC